AUGUCCACUUUCUGCCUAGACCUGCAGGCGUCCGCCGUGGUUUCAGCACCACAGGAGCUGGACAGCGACUGCAUGGAGCCCCGGGACAGCUCCGCCGCUCAUGAGCCCGGCGGCUUUCAGGGUCACCCGCUGCCGCACGCCGGGUCCGGAGGCCUCGGCAUGGCCUUGGAGGAGGAACUGGCCAUGCUUACCGGGGACCGGGACGACGAGGAGGAGCUGUCGGACCUAGAGACGCCUGCGGUGGGGCAGAACGCAGACUUGCUGUCGCUCUUCCGUCAAAAGGAAAAAGACUUGGUUUUAGCUGCUAAACUCGGCAAAGCGCUGCUGGAGAGAAACCAAGACUUGACCAAGCAAUAUGAGAAAAUGCACAAAGAUCUCAACGAGAAAUUAGAGCACUUGGAGCAGGAGAAGCAUGAGUUGCGUAGGCGUCUGGAAAGUCGAGAGGGGGAGUGGGAGGGCCGUGUUGCCGAGCUGGAGACCGACGUCCAGCAGCUGCAGGGUGAGCUGGAGCGGCAUCAGGUCCAGCUGAGAGAGGCUGACAGAGACAAGACCAAGUCCAUCAGCGAGCUCUCCGAACAGAACCAUAGACUGCUGGAGCAACUCAGUAGGGCUGCAGAGGUGGAAAGGCAGUUGUCCACUCAGGUCCAUUCAUUACGGGAUGACUUCAGGGAGAAGAGUAUGUCUACAAGCCAGCACAUGACUCGACUAGAGACUCUACAGGCUGAGAUUAAGAUGCUGUCGGAGAGGAAGAUGGAGCUGGAGCGCCGCGUGAACGCCAUGCUGGAGGAGAAUGAGCUGCUGCAGAAUACAGUGGAGGACCUCCGAGAGAGGACGCUGGUGUUGGAGAGGCAGUCUCACACGAAGGACCUACAGUUACGGCAGAGCCAGCUGGAGCUUCAGGAGGUUCAGAUGUCCCACAGGCAGCUGGCUGCUCGGCUGGAGGAGCUGACGGAGGAGCACAGCCUCCAUGGCCUCACCCCGCACCCGUCCAGCCUGCUGUGUGAGAUAGAACAGAGCAUGGAGCAGGAGGAGCAGGAGCAGGAGAGAGAGCAGCUGCGUCUUCAGCUAUGGGAGGCCUACUGUGAAGUUCGCUCGCUCUGCUCCCAUCUGCGGGGAAAUGACGUCACUGAUUCGGCGCUGUCCACUGACUCUUCCAUGGACGAGUCCUCGGAGACGUCCUCAGCCAAGGAUGUGCCUACUGGGAGCCUCCACACCAGCCUGCUAGAGCUACGGAGGCUCACACAGAAUCUGCUGGAUGGCAACGAGUCCACGGGCUCGCCGCGCAGUGAUGAGGAGGCUCUGGAGGAGCAGACGAGGAAGCUAGGAGAGGAGCUGAGGGAAGUCAGAGAGCUGUACGAAGCUGAGCAGGACAAAACACGCAGCAAUGAAGACAAGGUGCUGCAGCUGCACAAUCAGAUGGCGCUGCUCUCUGUAGAGAUGUGCUCUCUCCGGGAGGACAACGAGCGGAUGAGGACGAUGGCUGAAGUCCGAGAACCCAGCGAGCAGCUCCAGACUGCUAUCAGAGACAGAGACGACGCCAUAACCAAGAAGAAAGCAGUGGAGAUGGAGCUGGCCAAGUGUAAAAUAGACAUCAUGUCUCUGAACAGCCAGCUCCUGGACGCCAUCCAGCAGAAGCUCAACCUGUCGCAGCAGCUGGAGGCUUGGCAGGAUGAUAUGCACAGAGUGAUUGACCAGCAGUUGAUGGACAAGUACCAGGACGAGUGGCGCGCUGACCCUACCUCCCUGCCAGGGUCGUCCAGGGCCCAUGGCGGUCAGUCCUCCAGAAGAGCUCACCGCAUCUCCGACCGGGACAAGAGACUUUUCUCUUUUUUCAAAAAGAACUGAGCCUCAUUGGAGCACAGCAGACAGACAGAGACAGACGAGGCCAGGGACAAGGAGGGAGUGACAUCACAGUAUCGGGGUAACAACACAGCCAAAGACGGGCAGUGGCACACACUGAGGUGAGGGGAAGAUACUGCGGCCUGCAGCAAGCUUGGAUUAAACACCAGUCUCUCCUGCCGUAAUCAGACGUAACCAGACUGUAAUUUGUCUCACUUCAUGUCAAUUUUUUUUGUCAGAAAAACAACACAUUGUAACAUAUUUGGUUCUGUCCACAUUAUGUCCUGAUUACCGUUUGUUUCUUGUUUGACUGUUUGUCUUGUUGAAGACUGUCACUCCGACACUGUAGACUGUACUGAUUCAUUUUUUUAAUUGAAAGCAUUUUCUCAAAUGCUGCCUGCUGCGUGUCGGUGUGGUAAACAUCCUGAUGCUGCCGCUGAUGCUGAUGUGGGUCGAGUGUGUAUUGCAGUGACAGACGGACACGCCAUCGAGUGUGUUUUCUGUUGCUCGUCUCGACUUGGUCGGAUGUUGUUUUGGAAUUUAGUGCUUUCGGUGGGCUCAUUGUGCUCCGUGUGAGUGCUUCCAUUCACCACUGACUAACGGCACUGUUUUCAGAAUGCUUCAAACUAUUCAAACUAUUUAUCAUGCAAUUUUCUUAGCAUUUUGGGGGAUUUUUUUGUACAAAUAAAUACUUUACAAUCUU